AUGAGUUUAUUCGGAGCACCGAAGCCCGCUGGGUACACUGGGGGUUUCUUUUGUGGUGGAGUCGGCGGCGGCAUUACGCUGGGACAGUCGACACAGCAGCCGCAGCAGCAACAACAGCAGCAGCAGGGCAACCAGCAGCAAGGCGGUUUGAGCCUCUUUGGCCAGACGCAGAACCAAGGAAACGCCUUCGGAAACUCCAUGGCCCAGCCUCAACAGCUGCAGCAACAGCAACAGCAACAGCAACAACAGCAGAUGCCCAGCCUGUCGCAGUCGCAAGCACAGCUCUCGAGCUCCCUCUGGCAGCCUGAGAAUCAAAAGCCCAUACCCGAACAGAUGGCCCUCAUCUUCGAGAAGUGGAACCCUACGAACCCCAACUGCGCAUUCAAGCACUACUUUUACAACAAGGUCGACGAGGCCUCGGUUCCCUUUUACAAGCCCGGGCCGCACGAGGACCCCAAAGAAUGGGAGGAGGCGCUGCAGAAGAAGCCCGCGCCGGGCUACAUCCCUGUGCUCUGCACGGGUUUCUCGGGCGUCGCGGCCCGCCUCCAGACACAGAAGAAGGUCGUUGGGGAGCUUAACGUUCGCCUGCACCAGAUCAAUGCCAGCCUGGACGCGAUCCUCUCGCGGCAUGACCUUGAGACGAGCGUGCGUGCUCUGGCCGCCCGCCGCCGCCACGUUGUGCUUCGCGAGCGGUGCCUUGCGCUCGCGGCUCGCGUGCAGGUGCUGCGCAACCGCGGGUACGCCCUCAGUGGCGAUGAGGAUGACCUGCGGCUCAAGCUGGUAGAGCUGGAGCGCAGUGUACAGGAUCCCGCUUUGGCGGCGAGGGAGGAGGAGCUCUGGAGUCGGUUGAUCGUGCUCAGGGACUAUGCGGACCAGCUAAUGAAGGAGACGAACAAGCCGGCCUUCGCGAGCGGCGAGGGGUUGAGUGAGGAGACGGAGCACAAGACGAAGAAGGUCUUGGAGGACUACGAGAAGCAGAUCCAGCAUCUCAAGAAAGAGGUCGAGUCGAUUACAAAAGACUUUGCGGACUGGGAGAAGGAGCGGAACCCGAGCUGA